ACUCGAGUCGGUCCACUAAGCGAGGGUACGACCGCCUCACCGCCACCGAGGAAGACGCCAAUGGUAACACAAGCCCUGCCCUCCGUAGAGAAACUCCCAAGGUCCCUCCCACUACCCCAGCUACCACGCCCACCACAGCUGAAGUGACCACGCCCACUUCAGACGUGGAUUUGGUGUCUACGGGAUCAGCGUCCAUCGUCGAGUCCUCAUCGUCCGACUAUGAUCAUUACAUGAGUCAAUCCGAUUCCGAUGAUUCUGACGAUGAUGAUGAUGACGAGGCGCUAACGUGUAAUGUAUGCGACAGAGCCUUUCCGACCUCCCGUCUCCUGGCCUCUCACCAGACCAGGAAGAGGCAUUAUGGGUGUUCAACGUGUGAAAACGUCUUCCCAACACUGAUGUCUCUCGAGGCCCACAAGGAGGAGACCAAUCACUGGUCCGACGAUGAUCUCUUCCUAGACGACGAUGACGAUGAUGAUUUCGAUGAUUUUUACGAUGACGAAGAAAAUGAAGAAGAGCGAGAGAAAUUAUUAUAGUUCUACCUAAAAAAAAGAAAGUUAAAAACAAAUCAUACAUAAAUGCUUGUACAGUAUAUAUAUUUUACAAUUCUUGGGAAGUCUCUGCAUUAUACUAUGUUGUCAUUAAUCAAUACAGAGGUGACGUACUAAAGUGUAUAUAAUAUCAUAGUUUACCCUUUAAUUAUAAUAAAGAAAAUGAAACUAAUUAAAUGGCAAGCUUCUCUAUUCUCAACAGCCAAUAACUGAAGCCAUCUUUCUUUGGUUCAUCUCUUAUAACCUCAACUAUUUCUUCACGACUUGAUGUUACAAGAUCAAAUAAACACUAGUGGGUUAAUAUGAUAAUAGUGGGGGGUUGGUUCUGGUUUAUUUAAAAAGAUAGAACAAUGAAAGUUUAAAAAAAAAAAAGUUUUGUAAGAUACACACUAACACAGAGGAUAGAUACUGAGUGAUAGUUAGUAAAUAGUUUAAGAUAGUGAGAGACAGACAGACGGACAGAGAGAAAGACGUGACAUCGUAGUUUUACUCUUAUUUUUUCUAUACAAUAUAGCCAAAUAUAGUUUGAUCAAAUGAAAAGUUGGUCUGCUUUUACAGGCAUGACUUCCGUUUACUAGUCACUCAUACAGUCUAUUAAAAACGUAUCUAAUUCUCUUCGUUAUAUUAAAACUAGUGAAUUAGU